AUGAACACAGCAGACCCAUUGCUUUCGUGCUCCCUAUCGCAGCAGCUAUUUAUAUACCCGGCAUCGGAGAGCAUGUUCAAGGCAGGCGUGGCCAAGGCCAAGUUCAUGGGGAGCAGCAACGGCGCCCUCAAGCGCGCGGCCAAGGUGCUGCAGCGGAGCUUGUCUUGCUCCAGGAGCGAUCACCUCGGCAGCAGCCUACCGGGUCGAAGCCUGGAACUGCAGGAGGCCGAUGCGGCGGCGGUGCCGCAGGACGUGAAGGAGGGCCAGUUUGCGGUGGUGGCGGUGUGGGACGAGCAGCGCCGGAGGUUCGUGGUCUCACUGCGCUGCCUCUCCAACCCGGUGUUCCUGAGGCUGUUGGAGCUGGCGGAGGAGGAGUUCGGCUUCCGGCAUGAGGGCGCCAUCGCCAUCCCCUGCCGGCCCAGCGAGUUAGAGAGAAUUAUUAGAGAGCUACCACGGUGA